ACCCAAUCAACACCAACACACAAUCAAUUAUCCCAACGUAAUUAAAAAAAAUACAAACACCCUACAAUUCAUGAAAUUUUUUGCAAGAAAAAAAAUGAAUAGUACCGCGGCAAAAGAAAAGGUGGUGAAGCUUCAUUUCUACGUCCAAGAUCUCCGGAUCGGCCACGUCAGCGCAACCGUGUGCGAGGUCGCGACUGGUUCCAUCACCGCGGACUCUCCAUAUGACUUUGGCAGCGUCCACGUCCUCGAUGACCUGGUCACGGCGGGGCCGGAGAUCGACUCCAGCCCCGUCGGCCGCAUGCAGGGGUUGACCACCAACGCCGAUCUCUCGACGUACGGUGUCGCGAUGAACCUCAACUUCUACCUCACGGCGGGGAAGUUUGCCGGCAGCACGCUCAGCAUCCUUGGCCGAAACCAGGUGAUGGAUGAGGCGCGGGAGCUGCCGGUGGUUGGUGGCACCGGCACGUUCCGAUUCACGCGCGGGUACGCGAUUCAAAAGACCUACUCGAUCGAUUUUGCGGCGAACUACGCCGUGUUGGAAUACACCAUCUACGCCACCUACGACACCAAGAUCGGCGAGAGCGACGAUGAUGUUGUGGUUGCUGAAUUUUGAGGGGAAUUGAUUGAUUGAUAUCAAUUAAUUAGCCUUUGAGUAUGAUCAUCUAUGUAUGUAAUGUAUGAUAUGAAUAUGCAUGAAGUAGUGUGUGCUUGAUUUAUUAUUUUUCCAUUUUUCAAUAUCAUAUGCAUGAAGUAGUGUGUGCUUGAUUUAUUAUUUUUCCAUUUUAUUCUCAUGUACUUGUAAUUGGUUCGGUUUGGUCGUGGAGGAGUGUGUGCUUAAUUUAUUGUUUUUCCAUUAGUGGAUAUGAUAUUGAUAAAAUGUUAUGCAA